UAUUUUUUAUUUUAUACACAUCUUUCUUCAUCACCAUGCCACUCUCUCUCUGUUGAGGUUUCCCUUACACUCAGAAAAUUAAAUAAAGAUGGACCGAAAUCAAUGACUUUCCUAUAGAUUCUCCAAAAAUUCAAGCUCUGUUAGGGUUUCCCAAUUUCACAGAGGACGUUGUGAAUGAUGCCGGCAAAAUCUGAAAAAGAAGAUCGACGUUUAGACCACAGUGGACCGAGCCCGUUCCAAACAAACAUUUACUCGCAACCUUGGUGGCGUGAUGUGGGGAACAGUCCCUCUUUAGGUGACACUGCAUCAAAAUUGUCUUCAGUAGAAAACCUAAAUGGUUCUCUUGCGAAUGCAGCAAUACAAUCACAAGUUAAUACUGGCUUACAGAAAGGAGCUAUGGUGAGCAAAGACAUGCAGACCGAUGUAACAUCGCAAUCUGAUGAAAGUAAUGAACAAGAACACCAUCUCAAACACAUUCCAUCACCAACAACUGUUACCAUGGGCGGACACCUUGAACCAAAUUCCCAGAUGGAACUUGUUGGCCACUCAAUUGUUUUGACUUCAAAUCCAUAUACAGAUCCACAGUAUGGCGGGAUGUUUGCUUCUUAUGGAGCACAAGCUAUGGUACCUCAAUUAUAUGGAAUGCCACACGCCAGAAUGCCCUUGCCCCUUGAAAUGGAAGAGGAGCCUGUUUAUGUAAAUGCAAAACAGUUUCAUGGUAUUAUGAGGCGAAGACAGGCACGUGCUAAGGCAGAGCUUGCAAAAAAGGCAGUAAAAGUUAGAAAGCCGUAUCUACAUGAGUCUCGACACCAGCAUGCUUUGAGAAGGGCAAGAGGUUGUGGUGGCCGUUUUCUCAAUACAAAGAAGCUUGAUAAUAACGCUACCAAUCCCACAUCAGAGAAGGGUAGUGGAGAUUUGAAUUCCUCUGGUGAUCUGGAAGAAGGAAAAGGGUCACAGGCUUCCUCCAACGGUCAUGGUAAUGGCCAUACACUCUCAUCAAGAUAUCAUUCAUCAUCACAUGAUGGCAGCUUCUUGGGUCAGCAAAAGGAAACCACACACGGGAAUAGGGUGUCUAAUGGAGCUGUCUCCAUUCAUUAAACUUCCACCUCGAGUUGUACGGGGCCUUCAGCAUUGUUGGUUUGAUUAUCAACUCCAAUAGAGACAUCGUUUAAUUUCCUUUUUCUCCUGGCUAGUCUUUGUAUCUUAUGUAAGGUUUGCCUUCUGCAGGAAAAGCUGGAGGCAUUAGCCAUGUUCAACUUGGGAGGAAACCUUUCCUGUGCUGUGUUUCUCAGGCAAUUCAUUCUUGGCUUUAGGUCUUUGGUUUCUUGGUGCAUUCAUGGUGGUGAGAGUGUAGCAUAUGUGAUGGACUUCAUGCUGUCUUCAGACUUGAACUAAUUUCAUCUCUCUUCUUUUAGUCGCUUCUGUAAAAAUGGCAAAAACUUGUGUAUCUACCUAGUAGAAAUUACUCUCGAACGUAGUAAUUCCAAAUGGUCUGCAUUUGAACUUUCA